GGGAGUGCCACCGUUCUGGAGGACCAGCUCACUUCCUUAUCGCUGUUUAACCCGGCUUCCAUAAACAGGCUAAUAAUAAAAAGGUCUUCCCCUGCUAUCGAGAUGCUGUCACGGUCUCCGUGUGUUUACCGCACGCUGGGUCGGUCCCUGUCUGCGGCGAACCAGGUUUAUAAUUUGAGAAUUCUGCCGAAUUUAUCAGGUCGAUCGCUCUGCAGCCAGACUGUUUACAGGAAAUCCCAGCCAGCCUUCUUGUUGGUCCCAUCCAGUUCAUACCAUUGCAGAUAUUUCAGGACAUCUGCUGCUUACAGAGAUGAAUUGGUGACAAUCAACACUCCUCCAUUUGCUGAGUCAAUCACAGAGGGUGAUGUAAGGUGGGAGAAAGCGGUGGGUGACUCGGUAGCACAGGAUGAAGUGGUGUGUGAAGUCGAGACUGACAAGACAUCAAUUCAAGUCCCUACGCCUGUAGCCGGUGUGAUCGAGGAGCUGCUGGUCCCCGAUGGAGGAAGGGUGGAAACCGGAACUCCGCUGUUCAAACUACGGAAAACAGCUGCUCCAGCUGCUGAAGCUGCUCCUUCCCCAUCUGCAGAGGAUGUUGCUCAUCCACCACCUCCACCUCAGCCCUCUACCUCUGCUGCCUCAUCCCCACCUCCACCUCAGCCCUCUACCUCUGCUGCCUCAUCCCCACCUCCACCUCAGCCCUCUACCUCUGCUGCCUCCUUCCCACCUCCACCACAGCCUGAUUCAGCCCCACCUGCUGCUGUUGUCGAACCCGUUCAUGUAGCUCCAGCACCUCCAGCAGCGGGAAUCCGAGGGGAAAGCAGGGAAAGAAUGAGCCGUAUGAGGCUAAGAAUUGCUCAAAGGCUCAAGGAAGCUCAGAACACCUGCGCCAUGCUGACCACCUUCAACGAAGUAGACAUGAGUAACAUCAAGGAAAUGAGGAAGCUCUAUAAGGAGGCUUUCUUACAGAAGCACAACGUCAAACUGGGUUUCAUGUCAGCUUUUGCUAAGGCGGCUUCGCAUGCUCUGAUGGAUCAACCUGCUGUCAACGCUGUUAUUGACGAUACAAGCAAAGAGAUCAUCUAUAGAGAUUAUGUUGACAUUAGCAUUGCCGUGGCAACUCCAAAGGGUCUUGUGGUACCAGUGCUACGUAACGUUGAAGCUAUGAAUUUUGCUGGGAUUGAGAAAGCCAUAAAUGUUUUGGGAGAAAAGGCUUGUAAAAAUGAGUUAACUGUUGAAGAUAUGGAUGGAGGAACAUUUACUAUUAGCAAUGGUGGCGUGUUCGGCUCCCUGUUUGGCACCCCAAUCAUUAACCCCCCGCAGUCGGCCAUUCUUGGCAUGCAUGGCAUCUUCGACCGACCAGUGGCUGUCGAUGGAAAGGUUGAAGUCCGACCCAUGAUGUAUGUGGCGCUGACCUAUGACCACCGGCUCAUCGACGGCAGGGAAGCGGUCAAGUUCUUGCGUAAGAUCAAAGAAGUGGUAGAAGAUCCCCGGCUGCUGUUCCUGGACAUGUGAUGUUCCACACAUCUCAUUAAUCCUUCAAAAUAG